ACAGCUAGAGAUGAAGAUGAUCCGCCGCUUAAACGAAUAAAAUUGGCAUCAAAGAAGAGCAAGUUACCCCGAAGGGCAAAUUCUUUCGCAGAAGGAGGAGCACGGUCUGACAAAAUUACUGCAGCACUAAUGUUUAUGAUCGCCAAAGACAAAGAACCACUAUCCAUAGUUAAUAAAGAAGGUUUCAAGGUUUUGAUGAAAACAGUAGCUCCACUUUAUCGUAUACCUGAUCGAAAGACUCUAACUAAAUUAAUGGAUAAUCGCUAUGUUGAAGCAAAAGAAUGUUAUAAAUCCACUCUUGAAAAAGCUUUGUCCUAUACUUUAACAUGUGAUAAUUGGACAGACUGUACUUUCCAAAGCUAUCUGGGUGUCACCAUUCAUUACCUGUCUGAAGAUCUUGUAAUGAAAAAUGGAUGUUUGGGAGUCUUUCCGCUGCAUACAAAUCAUACAGCAGAGUACCUCACGGAGUGUCUCAAUUCUGUCAUUAAUGAUUUUAAAUUAGAUCGAAAAAAAAUUAUGGCAAUCACCAGUGAUGGAGCAGCAAAUAUUAAAGCUGCUGUACAUAAUGUUGUAGGCUCUGAAAGACAUAUCUGGUGUUUUGCUCAUUUUUUGUCUCAUCUUGUACCUAAAAUAUUAAAGGAUAUGCCAGAGAUCAACAAUAUUAUUGCUACAGUAAAGAAAAUUGUCGUGCUUAUCAGAAGAAGUGUUGUGGCUACAGAUGAGUUAAAACGGUUACAAAUACUUGAUGGAAAGACAGAGGGAACCGUCUUGAAAUUUAUUCUUGAUGUUCCGACUCGCUGGAAUUCCACUCUUUACAUGUUAGAGAGAUUUCUCGCUCUGGAGCAGUACGUUUAUGCAGUUACUUUGAAAUGCAAAAGAUCAGACAUUCCAGAUAUGUUAACUCAUAGCCAAAUUGAAGUCCUACAGGAAGUCGUGUCUCUCAUGAAACCAAUUGAAUAUGUCAUUAAGGAAAUCAGUGGCAGCAAAUAUCCUACUUGCAGUACUAUUAUACCAAUCAUUCACUGUAUGACACUAUCAAUUGAACAAGUUAAACCUUCAACAAACAACGGAAGUUCUUUUCAGAAAAAGCUCCUUGAAUCGAUUCAAGAUAAAUUUAAAAAUGUUGAAAAUAAUAUGAUUCUUGCGGUCCCUACAAUACUUGAUCCACGAUUCAAACGAAUCGAUUUUCAAAAUGCCCGUGCAGCAGCUGCUGCUGUGGAACGAAUCAAUAAAGAAAUGAAAUAGAUUGGU